AAACGAAAAGCAAAAACGGCCAAUUUGUUGACUUUGUGUAACCCCCUCCCUCCCCCCAAAAAGCUGACUGCUCAGGUAAAACUGAAUGACUUGACAUUCAUACGUCGCCACUUUUUGGACUAUUGGACUGUCAAAUGUACCGACAAGAACGGUGAACUAUAAGCUGUUGAGGAUGAGCAAGUGGGGACAGCGGCUGAAGAAGGUGGAGCAGCUCGCCGAGGCCUUCCAGAACAAUCCCGUGGUCACACGCUACAAACCUCGACUCUUGCCUUGUCAGCCUUCCUCUGUCUGGAAGCUCUUCCCUCGCCAAAGCUUGGCUAUCAGCUUUGCUCAGAGCUGCAAAGAGCCUGUGCAUGUUUUUGCACUCGAAAAAGAGAAGGCACUCCAGGGUCAAAGGAUCUUCCUGGUUACCAGUUAUAGUGAACUAUGGCAUUACUACAGGACCAAUACUCAGUCCUUGAUGCACUGCUAUGAGGUGAUACCAGAGGGUGCUGUUUGCAAGCUUUACUUUGACUUGGAGUUCCACAAGCCCUCAAACAGAGAGGCAGAUGGGAAAAAGAUGGUGUCUUUGUGGAUCCAGUAUGUUUGCAAAAAACUGAAGGACAUUUAUGGGAUUGACUGCUCCGCUAAAAACGUCCUCAGUCUGGACUCAAGCACAGAUGACAAGUUUAGUCGGCAUCUCAUCUUCAAUCUCCAUAAUGCAGCUUUCAAAGACAAUGCACAUGUCGGUGCCUUCAUUCAUAACAUUCUCCAAACUGUGUUGGGUGCAACUUCAGGCAGAAGUUGUUUGGAAGGACACAAUGAAGCAGGAACACAUGCUCCGGUGACAACUCAAAGUCCAGAGAAACAUGAGAUUGACCUCAGCUUCCUCCGGGUCAAUGACAAGAAUGGCCGACAUUGCCUCUUUGUUGAUCUUGGAGUGUACACAAAGAACAGAAAUUUCCGUCUUUUCAAGUCAUCCAAAGUAGGAAAAAACGCAGCCUUCACCUUAGCAGAUGACAACAAGUUCAUUGCCAAUUCCAAGAACAGUGUUCCUGCGGAGGAAAGUGUUUUCUUAGCGUCUUUAGUGUGCAAUGUGAGUUUCACAGGCCAGAGAAUUCUUACAUGCCCUGUCACAGAAGCUAAUGACUUGAGGACCACGAGGGUUCAGAGUCAGCAGGGCUCACUGCCUGAUCAAGGCUUGCUCUCGGGUUGCCUGACGUCUCCUCACCAAGAAGUAGACAACUUCGUAUUAACAGUAGUUAGGAAGGACGGCAUACAAGGAAGCAUCCGACGAUGGAACUACUUUGCAACUGACCAGCUACUUGUCUACGACAUUGCCAAGUACCGCUGGUGUGGCAAUGUGAACAGGUUUCACAAAAGCAACAACAUCAUGAUUGUGGUGGAUCUCAAAGAGGAUGUGUGGUACCAGAAGUGUCACGAUCCUGAGUGCAGGAACUAUAGAUCCUCAAGUUACCCAUUGCCACAGGAGAUCUGCAUCAGCUACGUCAUGAUGCUGGAUGAGGAGAACCAAACAUACAUGAUGAACAACAUUGAUCCCAGUCAGCCACCAAAGCAGGUAUCCCAGGGAAUGGAUUGGGAUCCGGAAGCAGCUGAUGUGUGGGGAAGAGCUGACGACGACCAGAAAUUUUCAGACUGCCUUGAUGACUUUGAACUAAACGGCAGUGAAAUCUCAGACGAGCUUCUUCUCAGCUGCAUGGAAGAUUUUGAUUCGCAGUAGAAGGUGAUGUUAUUAAGAAGUGAGUCAAAAAGUUACUCAUGUACUUUAUUGCAAGCUAAAGUUACAUUUUAUAAAGCGCACAACUGCACACUUGGCUUUUCAAUAUUACGCAAACACAAUAUGGUUUGAUCUGUAUGCACAAUCCCAAUUAUUAUAGUUCACCUUUAUGCCCAAUAGUGUGACAAAGACAGCAUUUUUGAAUUCAUCAACAGCACAACUGUUCAAUGCUUCCAAUCAAAGCAUUAAACUAAACGAAAACCGGUUUCCGGUGAGUCCUCUGAUAACCCACCACAUUGAAACAGGGGAAUGCAAAUAUAGUUAAACAAUAUUCUGAAUGAUCAUUUGUAGUCAUAAUAUUAGGUACAAUUGAAAUAUUCUUCACCAGAAACAUUAUUUACCCCAUUAAUGACUAAUUAAUUAAUAACAUUUAAAUUAAUUGAAUUACUAAUAUCAACUCAAAUAGCAAACCAAAACAUAAUGCAUUUUUGGACACAACUAUUUGUCAUAGUCAUACUACACUGUAUUUGCCCAUUGUACAUUAUAACCUUUAUCCUAGGAUAAAUAAAACCUCUAAUGUUUACCCAUGAUGUCAGGACAGCUUAGUGUUAUAUUACGAAAGAGGAACGAUUCACUUUUAAAACCAUUCAGUUUUUUCAAAAUUAAACACUGAAAAAUCUCUGGAUUGUGACUUGCAGAUAUGUUCCCAUUCAACUGUAGCCCUGCACACGAACUUAGACCUUAACGUUGGCAUACAGUUCAUCUAUCUGUGCUCUAAAGUAACUCAGAAGCUUCACUCUCUUCGCCUUGAGUGUUGGCGUCAGCAGGCCAUUCUGGACAGAGAACAUCUCUGGGUGCAAUGCAAUGUCUCUCACCUACAACACAGCAAACAAAUGAAGGACAUAGAGUAAGCAUACAACGAAUAAGGUUGCCAUAGGUUUUUUUAAUAAUAAAGAGAAAAAUAUAUGGUCCUAUUCUACAAGACAGAUUGUGGUGUCUUAAUUGUUUAGUUAUACUGAAUCAAAUAUUCUCUUUGAAGUGUUGAUGAAGAGUAAUUCAAAUACAGCUUGAUGGUACAGUAUUUCCAUUCUCUUAAACCUUAAUAUAACAAUGACCUGUUCAAAAGAUUUGAGUCCACUUUGUUUGCCCAGCUUCUGGAGGUCCUCCAAAAUAGCGUUCUUAACAUCCUGCAAGCAAUUAGAAGAACAAACAUUAGCAUGCACACAAAGUGAGACUGAGUCAUCUGUUGACAAUAAACUCACCUUGCUCUUGCACAAAUCCAAGUAGGUGCCAUUCAUGCCUCUUCUCUUGAGCCAAAUGGUCAAAAAGUCAGGAUCGGGCACCACUAUCCCCACCAAACACGCCUUUUAAAAAUACAUCCAGAUCAAGUUAACAAACUAUUCAAACAAAUCAUGUUUGGUUUGGUCUGGUGAAGUGAAGUGAAGACAACUCGCCUGUAAGCUGUCACCGUGCACGAAUAUCUGGGCCACCGGGUCACUGCGGCUGUAGAUGUUUUCUAUUUUCUCCGGGGCGAUGUAUUCUCCCUGUGCCAGCUUGAAAAUGUGCUUCUU